AUGGCCAUCAUCAAGCUUCACUUUUCUGCUGCAUUGCUGGUCCUGUUGCUCAGCUGUCCUCUGUGGCAGGUCAGCCAGUCUGUUCCAGUGAUGAGUAAAGCACUCAUGACAGACUCCUGUGUCUUAAACGCACAUAAACUUCUACAGGACAUCACUACAACUCUCACACAGUUGGACCUGUUCGAAGGAAUCAUCUGCUCAGAGCAGAGAGUGGAGAUGAACACAAAGACAAACACUGCAUCUGUCUGCGCACCUGCGGAAUCAACAUGCUCAGGAAUAGUUGAGUCAGAAUUUGAUGAGGGAUUGUGCCUGACAAACAUCACAGAGGAUCUGCAUCAUUACUACAACUUACUCUCUACUGAGCCAGAUCCCAGCGGUGCACUGAGCAAAACUGUUCUGUCCAGCCUCAGAGAGCUCAUGGAGAACUGCUUCAUGUCACCACCAGAAGAGGGCGCUUCAAACCGUGAGAGCACUGACCCUUUUAAAGAAAGGCUGAGUCUCUGCAAGGUGCUGAAGGGCUUCCAUGUCCGAGCCAUCACAAUCAACAGAGCGAUUUCAUACAUCAACUCUGGCGUACACACUAAAUGAAUCAUCGGGCUCCAACAGCGGUAGCC